AGCGGAGUAGGAGCAUGUGCCAGAGCUUAUUUGUUCACUGAGGAGAAAAGGUUAACAUAGUGCUGCAGCUGAGUUCUGCUCGCUGCCUCCCCCAGCUUUAGACUAGCUGGAACAGCCCACAACUGUACAUCAGAUUAGAAAAGGUGUGUUCUAAUUAAUGGGAGUGCUGUGGACUCCCUUCUCAGCGGCAACUGUGUCUGUGUAUACUUGUACCGGGUAGGAGGAGUGCACUUCCCCUGCUGAGCCCUGCUUGCUGGAACAAAAGGAUUAUUAAAGCAGUCACAGAUCACCCUGGGGAUUACUUGCAGGAGUCGCUUGGAGAAACUUUACUCUUUUCCUAUGUAACAGCUGGGAUAAAGGCAGCAUGAGAAAGACAUCAUAUUCAGGAAUUGCGAGGACCUCCAGUGGGAGACUCCGAAGACUUGGUGACCCAACGAGCCCAACUCUGAAGAGAUCCUUUGAGGUUGAAGAAGUAGAUCAGCCUCCAAAUUCUUCCACUCCACAAAGACGGACACCUAAUCCUCUUGUUAGGUCCACAGUGUCCAGCUCUACCCAAAAAUUCCAGGAUCUUGGCACCAGGAAUUCUGAGACCCCUUCCAGACAUGUGGAUUCUCCUGCAACGAGGUCUCCCAAAUCCUCUCUGAGGAGAGUUGAUCUUUCUGGACCAAAACAUCCUGAGCCAGUGUCCAGAAGAACAGAAAUCUCCAUUGAUAUUUCAUCUAAGCAAGUGGAGAACUCCACAUCAGGAGCAUCGAGAUUUGGCCUCAAGAGAGCAGAUGUGUUGGGGCAUAAGCCUCCUGAUACGGCUCCAAGAAGGACUGAAAUCAGUAUAGGCAAACCGCAGGAUCAAACUCUUCGCAGAAUGGAAGUUCCCUCAAAGAUCCCCGAGCCAACACAACGGAGAGUUGAAGCCAAUAGUCCACCUGUGCCAGAUGUUGCCACCAAACGUGUGGAAAUUCAGGUACCGAAAUCCUCAGAGGUUCCAGUACCACCAGUUAGACAGACUGAAAAUGUGGAGCUUUUCCAGACCAAUCAACACCUGCCACCAGAGCCAAAGCUUCAAUCAGCAGUGGCUGAGAUUCCACCCAAAAGCCAAGAAGGUUCAGAGGCCAUUCCCAGUUACCCAGGCAGCAUGACAGACGCCCCUCGAGAUGCUGCCCUUAAGCAAGCUGCACCAACGCGGACAGAGAAACCAAUGGCCGACUUUGGCUAUGUUGGGAUAGAUGCCAUCCUUGAGCAGAUGCGGAGGAAGGCCAUGAAGCAAGGGUUUGAGUUCAACAUAAUGGUAGUUGGUCAGAGUGGCCUGGGAAAAUCCACUCUAAUCAACACCCUCUUCAAAUCAAAAAUCAGCCGCAAAUCUGUGCAGCCAACUUCUGAAGAGCGUAUCCCCAAGACAAUUGAAAUCAAGUCCAUCACACAUGAUAUAGAGGAAAAAGGUGUCCGUAUGAAACUGACUGUCAUUGACACUCCGGGUUUUGGAGACCACAUCAACAAUGAGAACUGUUGGCAACCCAUUAUGAAGUUCAUCAAUGACCAGUAUGAGAAAUACCUCCAGGAGGAGCUCAAUAUUAACCGGAAGAAGCGGAUACCAGACACCAGGGUCCAUUGCUGCAUAUACUUCAUCCCUGCUACCGGUCACUCCCUCCGGCCGCUGGACAUUGAAUUCAUGAGGCGCCUGAGCAAAGUGGUCAACAUUGUGCCUGUCAUCGCCAAAGCAGACACAUUAACACUAGAAGAGAGGGACUAUUUUAAACAAAGGAUCACAGCAGAUCUCCUUGCCAAUGGCAUUGAUGUCUAUCCACAGAAACAGUUUGAUGAGGACUCCGAAGACAGGCUAAUAAAUGAGAAAUUUAGGGAAAUGAUUCCAUUUGCUGUGGUGGGCAGCGAUCAGGAAUACCAGAUUAAUGGCAGACGAAUUCUGGGAAGGAAAACAAAAUGGGGCACAAUUGAAGUUGAGAAUACAACACAUUGCGAAUUUGCUUACUUGCGGGAUCUUCUCAUCAGGACACACAUGCAAAACAUCAAGGACAUUACCAGCAGCAUCCAUUUUGAAGCCUACAGAGUCAAACGCUUGAAUGAAGGCCAGAACGUGCUCUCCAAUGGUGUGGCUGACAAGGAGGACUUGGUGGCCAAUGAAAUGUAACAUUCAUGACCUAGCUAGGAUCCAGUUUUCCCUCCUCCCCACUCUGUUCUCUCUCUAAUAUAUAUCCAUAUAAAACUCCUCUGCUGGUGCCACUGUUCUUCCCCCUCUGUACUAUUGAUAUCCACGCUGCUGACUUUAACUGACCAAAUAACAAUAUUUUUUUCUGUAACAAAUGUAGUGUCUCACUCUUUGCCAGCCUUUGUGGCAUGAAACAUCUAUUCUGUGCUUCCAUGUCGUGGGCCAUUGGGUGUAGUAAUAGGUGACCAAACCAUUGCGGAGAGAUGGGGGGUGAGCCAUAACCUCGGCAGGAAAAGCUUUGCCAACCUAGAUGCUCAGCAUUAGCUGUGACACCCCCUUCCUGGACAGAUCCUUUAUGUGAUAGGCCAGCACCCUGUGAAGGAAAUCCCAUUGAUAAAUACAACCUUUGUACUCUUGAAAGCCAAGGCGAAGUCUCCUUAUGAAGCAGACCGACUUCUUGUAAAUUUAUCAACUGGGCGAAUUUUCAUCCACCUCUUCCUGGUGGGGUUGGGUGAAGACAUUUGCUUGGCCAUUUUGUUGCAGUCGGCCUUGCGGCUUGGGAGAGAGGAGGGCACCACCUAUCCUGUCCCUGCAGCUUCCUUCCUAGUGGAGCACGAUCCUAUCAGGGCUAUCCUAAGAGGGGUGUGGUUGCUCCGAAUGAGCAACUCAACUUACGCAGGCCUGGGAAGUCUCAGCUGGAUGUGCCAUGUUUUUUCCCACACUGUAUGGGAGGGAGUUAGAGGAGAGCCCACGUCUGCUGCCUUGGUUUUAGCAAUUCAGGUCAAUAGAGAUGUUUCUGAGCCACAUGACUGACCUAGUGCCAAAGCUUUACUGUGUUUUAUAGGGGUGUUUGCGUGUGUGUUUGCGUGGAGUUUUUCAUUCCCUAACUCCAUCCCUUUUGGGUUAAGAUUUUUCUGUCAUUAGGUGAAAAGUGAAGGUGAGAGCGGGGCAAGAGCUGAAUUAUGAUUUUAUGGCAUGUUUCAGUUCUGCACUAUACAUAAUUUACCCCCUGAGUUGUCUAGACCCGUUCUCCUUUCUUUUCAAAAAGCCAGCAAUAGUGGGGGGGGGGCGGCCUGUUCACUAGAAAAGAGUGGGAGGUCUCUUGUGGGAUAAAUAAAACGGCUGCCAGGAAAAGCUGCUUUCCUCAGGUACAAACCCAAUAUGAAUCUUAGGAGGGGCAGCUCCCCUUCCCAUCACUCUCCGUCCUUCAGGGUUGGAGUCCCAAACCCUGCUGCCUUCCUAGAGAUUCAUGUGAUGCAUUUAGCUCAGACUUCUUUCGAAUUAUUUGGGAAUGCUUGCCUGAAUAAGAGGUAGAACGUUUUUUGCAAACCCGACAGAGAAGGCCCCAUUUCUUUGAAAAAUUAUGUUAAUCUUUGAAUAAGCCUAGGAAGGCUUUUGGUAUUUGGCUGGCUAAUAUUUAUUUUUUUCAUUGUACAAUUCCUGGGUGCAAUUGUGGCUACAAUUCCCCAGGUGUUUAUGUCUAGACAGAUCUUGCAUGUUCAUCUCCAUAUGAAAUGCCACGCUGUGGAUAAAAAGCUGAGUCUAGUAUUUGCACACUGUCUGUCCCUAACAGCGCAGGAAAGCGGUGCGUUGUCUCAUCGUUGAGCUGAUUUGGAGUUCUUAAAGAGACAAGCCCCAUUUGAGCUGAUUGAAUGAGUCAUUAGGUCCUAGGUUUUCUGCGCUUUCUGUUCUAGGGAACAUAAUGAGUGGUGUCCAGCUUCAUGGAACAUUUGUGGCAUAUCCCAGUUCAUUUGUACCCCUUUUACAAGGGGUACAAUUCAUUUGUACCCAUGCUGCCCUCUUGUGGAACCCUCAAAAUGUGCUGAUUCCUAUCAUUUAUAAAAGACCAACUUGAGUUUUCAUAAUGUUCUUACAAGUGACCCACUCUCAAACGGCAGCUAUGCCUAAGGGAGGAUGUUUCACACCCUAAUGUACCUCAUGGGAUGGCACACAAUCCCUUCUUGCAGAUGUUCAUGAUACCAGCAUAUGAACCUGUCUCCGUCCAAAACUGGCUGUGACCUUCGCUCGUUUUCACACUGCUCUCUACGAUUGCUUUCCCCUCCUCAAUAGAAGCUAUUGGACAUCUUUUUCCCCCUUUUAAAAUUCAUACCCCAGUGAACAUAUCCAUAAACAUUCGCUGAAUCAAGACUCUUGCCCAGAUAACUUCUGUGUGUCCCUCCCAAACUGAAAAAAAUGUAGGAAUCUUUACUGAGCUUGUGUUAAGCUGAGGAAAAUUAUUUUUGUUACAUGCUGACUUGCUAUAUUUUAGCAAAAUAAAAAAAACUGUGUAUUAACUAAAUAUAUAUAUUUCAAGUGUUUAAAAGACUAUGAAAAGGGUUAAGGGAGAAUGUGUUUCUUUGGGGAGAAGGGAGGGGGGAUUCUCUUUAGCAACACUCUUAUUGCAUCCAGUAUCUCAGCCAGCGAAAGCAAGACAAAAAUGCUUUCUACUCUUAUAUUGUACUUUUUUCCUGAUGGAAAGGUUUUACCGAACAAAACUAAAACAUUCGACUGAAUCUAUAAAAAUGGCCUCUUGGUGGGUUGUAUGCAUAUGACAAAUUUAGUCCUGUUUUUGUAUAAAUAAUAGUGUUUAAUAUGUAUUUCCCAAAAAUAAAUGUUUCAAAUGGAAA